CAUGGAACCGGGUAUACAAACUGAAACUUUUAAAUAAGAAAUAACGAACAAGCGCCACAGAAUUCGGCCUAAUAAAAAUGCGUAAUACACCUAUAUAAUACACUUUAAACGGUUAUUACCUUCAUCCCAAGAGUAGAAGGCUAAAUACUAAAUUGAAAAUAUUAAAUUAAAAGUGUAGAGCUGAUUUGAAUGUACUUGUAUCUAAAACUAGUUAAAGCAAAAAUAACAGGCUAUAGGUCUGGGUGUAUUAUUUUUUAUUACUCGUUCUACAAAAAUAUUAAAGACGGGAUGAUCACGUAACUGAGAGGUAGUGUACGUCACUUCUCUUGACGUAGUUAGACUCUUUGACGCUAACCGUCACCGCGCAGCUUCUUUUGCUAUGUUGACAUUUAGAAGUUACCUCUUACGAUUUCCCCACGAGCAUUUGGAAACGAGGGUGGAUGUUUGACAUUUAAAAAAAAUCUCCGUGAAGAUGGAUGCACUUAUUUCACCGAACAAUGCCUCAAUAGCAUCAUGUUAGUUCCAAGAGUGUGUUUGCGAGCAUCAAGUUAGCGUGGAGGCUAAUGUGAACUAUAGAUCAACGUACAUCAUCGGACACACAAAGGUAUCCACGUGAGCUGGCCCGGGAUUUGUCAGGAUGAGAUUAUUAAGGUUUUUGAGGAGCAGCGUGUCCAUUGGAAAGGACAUCGACUACUACUCUAAAUUCUCCCCCUCUCCUCUCUCCAUGAAGCAGUUUCUAGAUUUUGGAUCAGAAAAUGCCUGUGAGAAAACCUCCUUCAACUUCCUCAGGCAGGAGUUGCCUGUGAGGCUGGCUAACAUCAUGAAAGAGAUCAACUUGUUGCCAGACAACUUACUGAGGACUCCUUCAGUCCGGUUGGUCCAGAGCUGGUACGUGCAAAGUCUCCAGGAGAUUCUUCAGUUCAAAGGCAAAAAUGCAGAUAACGAGAAAGUCACAUAUGAUUUCACAGAUGCGGUAAUAAACAUCAGAAAUCGGCACAAUGACGUCAUCCCCACCAUGGCUCAGGGACUUGUGGAGUAUAAGGAGGCGUAUGGCACAGACCCGGUUGUCAGCCAAAAUGUUCAGUAUUUCCUGGAUCGUUUCUACAUGAGCAGGAUUUCCAUCAGGAUGUUGCUCAACCAGCACACGCUCCUCUUUGGCGGUAAGGUGAAGGUGAACCCAGCACAUCCCAAACAGAUUGGCAGUAUUGAUCCACACUGUCGGGUCAGCGACGUUAUCAGAGAUGCCUACGAGAACGCCAGAAACCUCUGUGACCGCUACUACAUGAACUCUCCUGAGCUGGUGCUGGAGGAAUUCAACGUCCCAGACCCCGUCACAGUGGUUUAUGUCCCGUCUCAUUUGUACCACAUGGUGUUUGAACUUUUCAAGAACGCCAUGCGAGCCACCAUGGAGUUGUACGGUGAUGCAAUGGAGUAUCCUCCUGUCAAAGCCCAGGUGGCUCUGGGAACUGAAGAUCUGACAGUCAAGGUGAGUGACCGUGGAGGGGGCGUGCCGCUGCGUAAGAUCGACAGGUUGUUCACCUACACGUACUCCACAGCUCCUCGGCCCAGCAUGGACGGUCGCGCUGCUCCUCUGGCUGGAUACGGGUACGGCCUGCCCAUCUCUCGACUCUAUGCCCGCUACUUCCAAGGGGACCUGAAGCUCUACUCUCUGGAGGGUUACGGGACUGAUGCUGUGAUCUACAUCCGGGCGCUGUCCACGGAGUCCAUCGAGAGGCUCCCCGUCUACAAUAAAUCGGCUUGGAAACACUACAAGACGAUCCACGAGGCCGACGACUGGUGCGUCCCCAGCAAAGAGCCCAAGGACAUGACCACGUUUCGCAGUUUCUAGAUUGCUGAUGGGCUAAUGUGCACGAAAGGUUGUGGUUAGUGAAUGGUGGUUUGUGUGUGUGUGUGUGUGUGUGUGUGUGUGUGUGUGUGUGUGUGUGUGUGUGUGUGUGUGUGUGUGUGUGUGUGUGUGUGUGUGUGUGUGUGUGUGUGUGUGUGGGUGUGUGUGUGUGGGUGUGUGUGUGUUGCGGCAAAUAAUCUGUUCAGAUUAAUUUGUAAAGACAGUAAAAAGAAAAAGACAAGGUAGAAAAAGAUUUAGUGCUAUAUGUUUCCUAAAGAACAAAAGAUCUGCAAAUCAAAAACAAACACAGCACUUAUAUAGAUCAUAACUGAGAGUAAACAGGACCAGCUUUUGGAAGACCAAAAGACCUUGAUAAAAGAUGAUUGAUAUUUGAGAUUAUAACAACACAUUGAUCCAUAAUUGUUUUCUCUCACAUUCACAUUUUCUUUAAAGCUCCUGUCAGGAACUUUGAUUUAGUUGUGAUGCUGGUGACCGCUGCAGACAAAGCAGUGUGUCUCAUCUCUCUGCUGAUCCUGUCCUGUACAUGCAUAGGAAACACUACAACACUGACCAGGUGCCAGCAGUUGCAGGCAUCAAAAAUAACCAUAUAAGAAUAGUUACUUCUCUUCCUCAUUGUCUCAUUUGCUUUUGUCGCUCAUAAAGAGGCAUCAGUAAUAACUUCAGUCUACUUUAUAACCACUUGAACAGUCCUCACAGGAGCUUUAAUGUUCCUUUUUAAAGAGUGACGCUGAUGUGUCUGCUUGUCAGCGCUCUCUUGUGGACAAAGUGUGCAACAUCAAUCUUUCUCAAGAACCUCAAACAACUUUGGCAUUCCUUUAAUGCAGGUUGUCUUAUAUAAGCAAUGCAUUUUAACAGUAACAAUGUCUCCGUCAAAUCAAAUGCAGUUUUAUGGCCCUCUGAACAAACACACUCCCCUCUCGUCAUAGGAAACGUCACAUACAGAACCUGUGUGAUGUUUGGGUACCAUGAGAGGUCGGAGCACAAUGUUUUUUUAGUUUAGUUUACCUCUAAGGUAUGAACUUGUUGUGUUUACAGAUUGCACUCCUGUUGUUUAUGACUCUCGUCGAUGUCUUAGCUGCUCUUAUUCCCAGAAAGUCAAACUUAAACUGUUACAGUCGCGUGUGUAGUUUUUUCAGCCCUGCUCUGUGUGAUGUUUGAAAACCUGACACAUAAUGUGAAAGUGCUUCUUUUUAAAUCUUUGGGAAGUUUUCUGGUUAAAACUUUAUUUAGGGCAUUUUUCUUUAAUAGGAUGAUUAUAUGAGCAACAAGUGAUUGAAACAGUAUUGAUUGGGGAUCUGUAAGGGAAUAAAGUGCACCUUGUUUUCUGUUACAUAAUGAAAUCUAGAUUUGUUUUAUGAGUGAGGUGUUGAACAUUUUCAGACAAGAUAAAACAUAAUAAUAACUCUCAACACUAUUAUAUCUCCGUAUAUAAUAGAGCUAAAUAGAGUAAUUUGAUUUCUGUGGUUGGGACUCAUCCUGCUUUAUAAGCUAUUUUUCAUAUUUUCCAUGUUACAAUAACAAAGUUACACUUCAUGCAUCAUAUGAAAUAAAACAAAGAUGAAUAACUUGGACCAUUUAUGUGUUCAGUUUCUUGUAGCACUUGUUUUCCUGUUGCUUAUGAUCAUAGAUUUCUGCUUCAUGUGUGGUGUAACGAUGCAGCAUCCACACAGUGAAAUCUCGAAUAAGUUUGAGAAAGAGAGUGACCGAUGAUCAAUAUCAUAGAAUUGAUAUGAUUAAGUUAUGUUACAUUAUGUAUCCAGAGGAAAAUACACCUCAGCUUGUAUCUCCACAUUAAACAGUUUUUUCCAUUCA